AUGGCGUCCGCGCUGCCGCUGGUGCGGCGGCGGGAGGCGCACGCCGCCUUUGCGCUGUCCACGGACUUCGACUACACCGCGUGCACGUGCGACGCGUAUCGCGAUGCGUCCGCUGGUGCGUGCCAGCGAGGCAAGUACGCGAAGAUCCGCGAGUCGCUCGACCACGCGUACCACGGCGUGUACACGGCGGAGCGGCAGGCGCUGCAGGACCGGCUGGCACCGCCUAUAGACGCGUCCAGGACACGGCCCGCACUCCCGCAGGCGCACCCUUGGCUGCUGUACACCGCGGGCGCGAUGGGCGCGGGCAAGAGCCACACUGUGCGCUGGAUGUGGGAGGCGGGGCACUUCCCGCUGGAGGCGAUCGUCCACCUCGACCCAGACCUCUUCAAGACGGCGAUGCCCGAGUGGGACGGCUACGUCGCGCUCGACCCGAUGAGCGCCGGCCAGCGGACGCAGCGCGAGAGCGGCUACCUCGUCGAGAUCGCGCAGGCUGCCGCCAUGGCGGAGAGGAGGCGUGUGUCUGCGGGUGGUCGGCGCGAGGACACGUCCAUGGGCGCGUCCGCGACACGUCCAGGGCACGUCCGUAGGCACAUCUGGGUCGACGGCUCGCUGCGCGACCUCAACUGGCGCGACCACCCGGCGUACCGCCUCGCAAUCCUGCACGUCACGGCGAGCGAGGAGCAGAUCUUUGCGCGCGCAUCGGAUGAUUCGCCGCGCAUCCUCUCCUACUGCGACUCCGACCGCUGCCACGUUGGCAGCGAGGCGUGCUACGACAGCGGGUGGAGCGACAGCGCCUGGCACCAGAUCUCGUGCCGAUUCGAGUCGGAUCGAGUUCUCGGCGUCGAUGUCGAGCCCGCCGCCGCGCUCGUUGUUGCGGAGCACGGCGAGCUCGACCUAGCCGUUGGUGGCCGUUGA